AUCCCGAACGCGAGCCGAGGGUGACGUUUAGGUCAAUGCCUGAGCGCUGCGCGUACGGAGUUACGUUACCGCCGGAGUACCGCUGGUUAUCGAAGACAAGCCCGGCGCCGUGCUACGGAGUCGAGUCGAAACCAGCAAACAUGGUCACCCGGAGGCCUGAGCCCGGACGAGGUCGGCCUCGAGUGACUGUGUAGGGCAGACGGUGCGGUAUCGACAGCUGAAUGCUAGGCCUAAACAGCACUGCCGUCUGCCGAAGAAGCGUGAUGUAGAAGUCACAAGGAACUCCGAUCUUCUAAAGCUUACGUUAUAAUGAGUGGACGGCCGAGGACGACUUCCUUUGCUGAAGGGAACAAGCAGCCUCAACAGCCGAAUUUUCUCGCUGGAGUGAAAAUAACCAAUUCGGAUCUGGAUCUGGCUACCAAUAUCAUAAACGAGCUCGACCUGGUGCCCGGCAAGGACGGCGCCAAGGUGACCACGGUGCUGGCCACCCCGGGCCAGGGGCCGGACCGGCCGCAGGAGGUGUCUUACUGCGACACCAAGGUGAUCGGCAAUGGCUCCUUCGGGGUGGUGUACCAGGCGCGGCUGCUCGACUCUGGCCAACUGGUGGCCAUCAAAAAGGUGCUGCAGGACAAGCGCUUCAAGAAUCGCGAGCUGCAGAUCAUGCGCCGCCUGGACCACUGUAACAUAGUGAAGCUCAAGUACUUCUUCUACUCGAGCGGCGACAAGAAAGACGAGGUGUACCUGAACCUGGUGCUCGAGUACAUCCCCGAAACUGUGUACCGGGUGGCACGCCACUACAGCAAGUCCAAGCAGACCAUCCCGAUCUCCUUUAUCAAGCUCUACAUGUACCAGCUGUUCAGAAGUCUGGCAUACAUCCACUCUCUGGGCAUCUGCCAUCGGGACAUCAAACCGCAGAACCUGCUCCUUGACCCCGAGACGGGAGUCCUCAAGCUGUGCGACUUUGGCAGCGCCAAGCUGCUAAUCAAGGGUGAGCCCAACGUGUCGUACAUCUGCUCGCGCUACUACCGGGCCCCAGAACUGAUCUUUGGUGCGACAGACUACACGACCAUGAUUGACGUGUGGUCGGCGGGUUGUGUGCUGGCCGAGCUACUGCUGGGCCAGCCCAUUUUUCCCGGGGACAGCGGUGUUGACCAGCUGGUGGAGAUCAUCAAGGUGUUGGGCACGCCCUCUAAGGAGCAGAUCCGCGAGAUGAACCGCAACUACACGGAGUUCAAGUUUCCCCAGAUCAAGGCACACCCGUGGCACAAGGUGUUUCGGGCACGGACGCCCGGCGACGCCAUCGAACUGGUCUCGCGGCUGCUCGAGUACACACCCAGUGCACGCAUAGGCCCCCUGCAGGCCUGCGCGCACAACUUCUUCAAUGAGUUACGGGAACCGGGCACCAGGCUGCCUAAUGGGCGCGAGCUGCCUCCCCUCUUUGACUUCACACCCCACGAGCUCUCUCUGGAGCCCCAGCUGAAUGCUACGCUGAUCCCAGCGUAUCUGCGAGGUGGCGAGGCUGUUCCCACGGCGGGAGCGGCAGGGUCGUCGUCCGAGACAGCCGAAGCAUCCACCUCAAACAGCGGCCCCGUGUAAAUAAAGUGUGUGUGUACAUAGGCGUGUACAUACCCUGCGGGAGGAGGGCCCCCCACACCCGCUAUUUAUUGUGUGGCAUUAGAGUUUUAGACGUGUAGCGCCAGAAAUAAACGUUUCCCAUCUGCCUCCUCUGUCCCGUGACCCUAAACUGGCUCUCCUGCACAGAGGUUGGAAUGGGCAGCUUUCGUUUCGGGUGGCACAGCUGCGACGUGAAGUGCGGCAGGGGGGUUAUCUUGGAAGAGGUCGCUUUACUUCCACAGAAAUUGAAUGACCAUGACUGAAUGCACCGUGGCUGGUUCGGUGAACUGCAUCGCAGGGUCUGAAGUGCUGACAGAUGUUGCAGCUCAGCUAUGAACAGAAGGUGUGGUGGCUCCUCUCGCCCCGGGAAAACGACUCUGAUGAACAACCAUUUAGAGAUUCAAUGGGCACAUAAUGGCUUGGAGCUGCUGCUUUUAGUUAGUUUUUUCUGCAUUUGUGCGCCGUUGCCACUGUUGUACUGUGCAUGUGAAACUACGUAUGUGGCAGUCUAGCCGUGUCGGGCGAGAGUGUAGAACUUUGUAGCACGCGUGAUAACUUUGCACACUGCGGAUUAGCGUGGACAAGUGGCAGCCUGCCUGGUUUCCAACUUGCAAGCACAUCGCCGCAGCUUGCAGUGAUCUGGUCAAGGAAACGUGUUACACUUAAUCUAAGGAUCAGAUAUCAUUCCACAUUUCACGCUCUUUGAGUUGUUCCCUACUCGCACACGCAGAAGUGAUUGCUGAGCUGUUCAAACUCCUUGGCUUCUAAUCUAGUUCUUGUGUGUGGCCAUCUGGCAAAGGCUGUAGUCAUAGUAAGGGUGUGUGUGUGUGCGUGUGUGUGUGUGCGCAUGUGCUUGCGUAUGUGUGAAAUAGAUCUGGGAACUUUCCAAGAGGUCUGCGUUUGUGGUCAUCGGAGAUUUUGCUAAUGGGAUUUGCACAUGCCACUUUGCUGAGACUCCUAAGCGAUACAGCCUUUUGCUCUGCAUUCGUUGCAGGGUUGUAACAAAAUUCAGUUGAUUAGAAGUGCAAAGUUUUCUAUUCAUUCGCUCGAUAUUCCAUGUAUCGCAUUACUGCUCGCCCAUUACUACGAGGAAAAAAAAUUGUUGGCCAAGUGAAAGCCCCGUGCAUUGUCCCAUUUUUGUUAAGUGACUGCCUGCUGUGUGUUUUUGUGUAUUUAGACACUCUUGCCUGCGUAUUUUCUAUUCAAGCAAAGCACCCAUUCUUUUUAACCGAAGUCCUUUAAUGUGCCUGCCUGAACAGUACGUUGGCAUUUCAGGUGAUAAACCACGUACAUUGUAUUGCACCCGGCUGGUGGUUACGCUAGGAAUAUUAUAAAAGAAGAACUUUGCCAAUUUUUCAACCUUUACUACAUAAUGCCUUACUGGCAAAUCAAGUUAGUGCAAUUUGCGAGGCAUUAAUUAUGGACUCGUGUAAUGACUUUGCCAAGCUGAAGUUGUCGCUUGAACUUAGCACCUUGUUGUAAAUGUUUGUUUUUUUUUCUGUUCAGGUUUAUUUAAGUGUGUGUAUUUAUUAAAAACAUUCGUUUUUUGAAUGUUCUCCUGGCAGCGGAUGCAUUUUGUCUUUGUAUCAGCAGCGGCAGACGCGCAUGGAGCGUAGGAACCCUGCUAACUAUGCUGCUCCUGAUCGCAUUGCUUCCAGGCAUGGUAUUAGGCAGCCCAGCGACAUUUAAAUUAGAUUUGACCACGGCAUUUGGAGUACAAGGAAGUGAAAAUAAAUGUUUUUUUUU